AUGGGAGACGCCGGCAGCGAGCGCAGCAAAGCCCCGAGCUUGCCGCCCCGCUGCCCCUGCGGGUUCUGGGGGUCCAGCAAGACUAUGAACCUCUGUUCCAAAUGCUUUGCUGAAAAAAGAAAUCCACUCAAUGAAAAAGAUUUUCAAAAGAAGCAGCCAGAUGAUGAAUCCACUCCCAGCACAAGCAACAUCCAAUCGGAUUUGUUCUCUGGAGAAUCAAAUAAUGACAACAGUAAUACCUCACUAUCUACGCAGACUGUUAACUCCAACCAGCAACUUUCGACAGAACUGAAUGUAACUUCAACGAGCAAAGAGGAAUGUGGGCCAUGCACAGAUACAGCUCAUGUCUCCUUAACUACACCAACCAAAAGAUCUUGCGAUUCAGCAGAUUCACAGUCGGAGAGUGAGGCUUCACCAGAGAAGCGGCCACGGUUACUGGAGGACAGUCAUGAUAGGCCUGAAGAAAUCAGCCGUUCCAAACAGAAGAGCAGACGCAGGUGUUUCCAGUGCCAAACAAAACUGGAGCUGGUACAGCAGGAACUGGGAUCAUGUCGCUGUGGUUACGUGUUCUGUAUGUUGCAUCGCCUGCCUGAACAACACGAUUGCACAUUCGAUCACAUGGGACGGGGGCGUGAAGAAGCCAUUAUGAAAAUGGUGAAACUGGACCGGAAAGUUGGACGAUCAUGCCAGCGCAUUGGCGAGGGAUGCUCCUGAGUGCAAGACUCUACAACCAAAUGCCGUUCUCUUAGUUCACUAAUGUUAGCCUUAUUUAGGACAAAGUCAGCCAGACACCUUGUACUGGGCAAGUUUCAGACUACAGCCAAUCAGUUUCCUUUCUUUAGUCAACCAUCCUGGUACUGUAGUUUAGGGGUUAAUGGUGAUUGACAUUGAUUUCUGGCUGGUUGUUAAGGUGCCUGCUAGCCACUGUAUUAAAAAAAAUGAAGAAAUAUUUUUGAGCAUGGCUAGUGGAUUUUAACAAAAAAAAAUCUGAAGACUUCUAUUAUGACAGGAGCUCUUUAAAAGCCUUAUGCUGUUAAGCUUCCAGCAGCUGAGUAGAAACUGAUGUAAAAGACUGCUAUGUGCACAGCUCUCUGGAAGAAAAUACACUUAAUAUCCUGGUUUUCCUAUCCUCACUUCUAGCUAACCUUGAAGGGGUGAAACUCUGCUUAGACUAGGCAGUGUAGCUGCUGGACCUAGAAGAACUGAACAGUCACUU